CUCAGACACAGCAGCUGUAUUAUCACAUACGUUCUGACUUCUCACAAUGAUCUCAAAGACCGCCGUCGUGUUGGCCCUUGUGGCUGUCGCUGUAGCUACUCCCUCACAGCCCACGUAUGGCUAUACCCCGGAACCCACAUAUGAGGAACCUGCCAAGUACGACUUCAACUAUGCUGUAAAGGACGACUACUCCGGCAACGACUUCGGCCACCAGGAAGCUCGUGAUGGGUACAACACCCAAGGUUCCUACUACGUCCUCCUUCCCGACGGUCGUCUGCAGAAGGUGACCUACACUGUUAACGGCGACUCUGGCUACGUGGCUGAGGUCAGCUACGAGGGUGAGGCCCAGCACUCCGAGUACAAACCUGCUCCUACCUACAAACCUGCCCCUGCCUACAAGCCUACUCCUGCUUACGAACCUGCCCCUACCUACAAGCCUGCUCCUGCUUACAAGCCUACGAACCUGCUGGCCUACCCUGACUGCGACCCUGCUCCUGCUUACAAGCCUACCCUGACCCUGCACAAGCCUACUGCCGCCUGCUCCUGCUUACAAGCCUACGAACCUGCCCUGCCUACAAGCCUGCUACAAGCCUGCUCCCGCUUACGAACCUGCCCCUGCCUACAAGCCAACCCAGCCUACGCCUAA